CUCUGGCCCCGUGCAGGUACAACUUGAAAGGGUGGUGAGGCCGCCACAAACCGGAACUACAGCGCUCCAGGAGCCACAACCUCCACUUCCGGGAGAAGGGAAGUGAACGCUUGACGCCGGACGGGGGGGGUGAGGUCCGCCCUUCGCCGUGACGGCGGCGAUACGCGCCGCGCUUCUGUGACGUCACGGCCAUGGCGCCGUCACGUGCCUCCGGGGCACGGUGAGUCGUCGCUGCCUGUGACGUAGGCGAGCGAGCUUGUCUCUUAUACCUUAGCGUGGUUUCCCAGAUGGGCAGUCCGGGCUCUGCGCCUGCGUGGAACUGACCCUGCGGCUCCUCGUCGCAUCUGCUGACUUGCUGCUCCCCCAGGAUGCCGGGCGUCUCAGCCCGGGGCCUCUCUCACGAGGAGAGGAGGCAGCUGGCCAUGAAGCUCACCCGUGUCCUGACACUCUACCGUUCCAUCCUGGACGCUUACAUCAUCGAGUUUUUCACAGACAACCUGUGGGCCACACUCCCUCGCUCAUGGCAGGAAGCCCUGGAUGGAUUGGAGCCACCCCAGCUGGCCACACUACUGCUGGGAAUGCCUAGGGAUGGGGAGGUGGCAAGGUAUAGGUCUGUGUGGCCACUCACCCUGCUGGCCUUGAAGUCCACAGCCUAUGCUCUGGCCUUCACCCGGACGCCUGGCUUCCAGACCCCCUCUGAGUUCCUGGAGAACCCCAGCCAGAGCUCCCGACUAACAGCUCCGUUCCGGAAACAUGUCAGGCCUAAAAAGCAGCAUGAGAUCCGGAGGUUGGGUGAGCUGGUGAAGAAGCUGAGUGACCUCACAGGCUGUACACAGGUCGUGGAUGUGGGCUCAGGCCAGGGCCAUCUCUCCCGCUUCAUGUCCCUGGGGCUGGGACUGACAGUGAAGAGCAUCGAAGGGGAUCAGAGAUUGGUGGAGAGGGCCCAGCGCCUGGACCAGGAACUCCUGCAGGCUCUGGAGAAAGAGGAAAGGAGGAAUCCGCAGGUUGGCAGAAGCAGCCCCCGCCACUGCCCUCACCAUGUGGUCAGAUGGAUUGACCCCAUGGCCUUGUGCGAGGAGCUUCUGCUGCCAGUAGAGAAGCCAGGACAGAGUCCUGGAGCCCGCUUGCUCCUCACAGGCCUGCACGCUUGCGGAGAUCUGAGCGCCACCUUGCUCAGGCACUUUUGCCUCUGCCCCGAGGUGGCUGCUUUGGCCUCCGUGGGCUGCUGCUACAUGAAGCUCAGUGACCCUGGUGGCUACCCACUGAGUCAGUGGGUGUCUGGGCUGCCUGGCCAUGCACUGCCUUACCGGCUGCGGGAGGGGGCCUGCCAUGCCCUGGAGGAGUACGUGGAACGGCUGCGGGAAGCUGGUCCUGGCCUGCGGACACACUGCUACCGCGCCGCCCUGGAGACAGUCAUCCGACGGGCCCGGCCAGAGCUCCGUCGGCCAGGAGUACAGGGGAUCCCCAGGGUCCAUGAGCUCAAGAUUGAAGAGUAUGUGCAGCGGGGGCUCCAGCGAGUGGGCCUGGACCCCCAGAUGCCACUGGACUUGGCUGCCCUGCGAGCCCACCAGGCCCAGGAGAACCGCGUGGUCGCCUUCUUCAGCCUGGCUCUGCUGCUGGCUCCACUGGUGGAGACAUUGAUUCUUCUGGACCGGCUGCUCUACCUUCAGGAGCAGGGCUUCCAUGCUGAGCUCCUGCCUAUCUUCAGCCCAGAGCUGUCACCCAGAAACCUGGUGCUGGUGGCCACCAAGAUGCCCCUGGGGCAGGCCUUUUCUGUCCUUGAGACUGAAGACAGCUGACACAGUCCAAGGAAGGGGACACGACAGGCCCCUGCAGAAAGCUCCCAGAUGCUUGGGUAGCCCGGAGUACCUCCUCAUCCAGAGCUAGCACUCCACACCCUGCCUGGAACUCUGCUACCCUUGUGUGUCAUAGGCUCCCUCCUUUUUUGUGUGUGAUGUAAAAGUGUGUGAGGUCUGAUUUUUAACUUAUUAAAACAUGGAAGAUU